GAAGAGGCGUUUGCAGAGGGGGUAUCGCAGUUAGUGAAGCACCAGAUCGCCCCGGCACUCGGGUGCUGCUCCUUCGGCGAGAAGGUCGAGGCCAAACUCUACAAGCUGCUCCUCUAUCCCCCGGGAGGCCACUUCAAGAAGCACCGCGAUACACAAAAGUUUCCUGGGAUGUUCGCGACCCUGAUAAUUCAGCUUCCGUCGGAGUUUACCGGGGGCGGUGUCACCUGCCAAAGCAGCAACGGCAACCAGGAGGUUACGAUAGACCUCGGCUCUUCUGAACGCAGUGCAAGCUUGGAUGCAAGGCCGGUUCCCGUGGUGGACUGUGGUGCGAUUCCGAAGUUUUACAGCUUCUACUGCGACGUAGAGCACGAGGUUUCGCCGAUUACUGCAGGAUGCCGAUGCGUCCUAGUGUAUGGACUGUGUUGGUCGGGAGAAGAGAGCGUCCACCUCCGAGCGACGUCGCCCUUUGCUGCCUCGGCAGAAGAAAAGAUGGUCGCUCUGCUCAGACGGUGUGCUGGUUUAGAUUGUGAAGAGACGGGCACCUCCGACGUGCGCGUUUUGAAAGACUCCGAGUCUCCUCUCCCGAAGUUUUGCUGGGCACUUUCGGGUAGGUAUUCUUUGAUGGACCUCCAUCCGCGCGGCAUGCGCGGAAAGGACAGAGUGCUGAUCAGACUUCUACAGGCGGCUAACGCGCGUCUUCCGGGGUAUGCGAGGUUCAGAUUCCAGCUUGCCCAGGUCAAAAUCGGCACGGAGCACUUGAGUGGCGAAUCGUACUGCCGAAUCGAGGAAGUCAACACGUUGGCCGAUCCGUCUUCUUCAAGCUACAACCAGGAUGCCGGCAGCACUCCUGA